GGAGGUUAUACAGAGUGGGGUGAAUGGAGUGUAUGUAGUAAAACAUGCGGAGUAGGCCAGCAAAUACGCCAAAGGAGUUGCUCAAACCCAAUACCGUCUAAGGAUGGCUCAAACUGUGACGAUUUGGGACCAUCUAGUGACACUCGCCUGUGUAAUAGCCAACCGUGUGGAGGUAACGAGCAAUCAUCAAUCUCUAGUCAGCGAACCCAUCCCUCCCCACCCCUCCCCCCAAUGGAAUAACAGUCAUCUUUUGAAAUACUAACUCAGAAAUGGACCCGCUUAAAAGAUAUGGUGCAAAAGCUUUGAAUAUGUUGAUAAAAAGAAUAAAAGCCGUCUGAGAUUUCCCGCUUGCAAAAAGAUGAGGCUUGAACCUUAUGGUACGGCCCAAGACAAAGAAGAAGGCUUCUUGUUCUUUACUCUUGUUUAAAAUUUUUACCUCAGAUAUCGACGGCGGAUACAGUGAAUGGACUUUAUGGUCUGUCUGCAGCCAUGACUGCGGGGGAGGGAGAAUGAAACGUCGAAGGCUUUGUGUUAACCCACCUCAACAAGAAAAUGGCCAAUUCUGCGCUGGUGCAGACAUACAGACUAAGACAUGCAACACGAAUAAAUGCGAUAGUGAAAGUAAGAAGAAUUAUUUUAAAAGUUGAGUUACUUUACUUUCCCUGGAACCCUGCCUCCUGACUUACCACAUUUCUAGUCCGCAGAACUGCCAUCUUCUAUUCAUGUGGCAACAGUGUACAUUCAUCUGAAAUAUUAGAUCUCAAAAUAAGAUUAUUGUUAUACUUUGAUAUCAAAAUUAUAUGAAACUAAUAGAAUCGUUGGUAAAGACCUGCCAAUACAAUUAUUUCACUACAAGGUUUACAACUAAUUUAAAUUGAAAACCCAGCAUAAUAAUUAAAAAACUUCGCUUAAGCUAAGUAAAUUUAAACUAGCUCACUUUAAAUGUAACUCAGAAUCCAUAGCUCUUUUAUAGGCUCUUUCAAAGCGAGAAGAGAGCAUUGGAGACCCAUGAGUUUUAGCCAGUGUACCUCUUGUAUCAUCUUGCAUCCUUAAUACAUAAUUGCUUAAUAGUUUAAUCUAUGUGUUUUGUUUUUAACUUAAAAUAGGUCCUUGCCAACAGGGACUUGACCUUGGAAUUCUUAUCGACACGUCAUUAAGUGUCCGUCGAAGGAAUCUUAACGUAUUAUUGAGAACGCUUUUCCCGCCAUUCGUUAGGACGUUUCAGAUAUCCAAGUCCGAAACCCAUUUUGGUUUGAUCACAUUUCAUGCAACCAGUCACUUUGAGUUCAACUUUGCUGACCGCAGAUAUUAUUCGGCUCGCGGUCUAGCAAACAGGAUUGUCGGUAUAACCAAUAAAACAAUAUUUAAAACAAGAAUAGACAGGGGGCUACUAUCUGCCUACCACGAGUUGUUUACAACUCGAGCAGGGGACAGGACGGAGAAGCAGAAUGUUUUGCUUGUGUUCACGGACGGGAGGCCAUUCCCACCGCAUGAGGUUCUUCCCUUCAGUUUGACGAUUCCUCCUUUAAGGGUAAGAUAAAAUGCGUUGAAUUCCCUUAAUCAAUGAAACUUUUUUCUCAUUCAAGUGUAGCCAAAACGGUGACAUUCCCGUGCUAAUGAAGCUACUUCUACACUAUCAGUGGCGGAUCCAGAGAAGGGGCCCGCGCCCCACCCACCCCCCCUCCUUAUUUUUGGACCAAACUGAGGCCCGAAGGCCCGAAGGCCCGAAAAAGAAAUUUAAGACAGCCUCCUCUCCACCUUGUCUCAGGGUCUGGAUGACCGGGCCCCCUCCUUAUCUGAGGGUUUGGAUCCGCCACUGACUAUAAGCAGUUUCAAGGUAAAGGCAUAUAUACCACGUAAGUGAAAGAUUUUGGAACUAGAAGUUAAGACUAAAGAGGCAUUUGCUUGUCUUUAUAACAUCAGUAAAAAACACCGACUUAUUCACUUCUUUUAUGUGUCACCUCGAGAGGGGAUGCCCCCGUUUUCGAUCGAUCUCUUGAUCAUCUCAAGAUUUCUUCUCCAAGUUAGAAACGUUCAUGAUCUGGAUUGCAGGACUUUAGCUUCUCUGUCAGUGGUUUUAUAUCGCUAGAAAAUCACAGUAGAGCCUGUCUGGAGCGGAACAUAAAAACGUUCUUUUUGCCCUGCUAGAUAAAAUUCACCCUUGUUGUUUAAAGAAAAAAUAGUUACAAGCAGGAAGACAAUGCCUUUCCUGGGUCAGUUUAGAGUCUGACCUCCUAUAAGGGCCUUUCUGCAACUCCACUUUGAACAAACGAAACACAGGGAUCUAUAUUGCGAGUGGUUUAAAACGAAUCCCAGCCGUUAUAAGAGCUUUUCAUUUCUCCAUUAUAGCAGCAUUAGAUGCAAAUUCUGGUUGUCUAAUUCUGUUUGGCUUUAAAAUGUUCACUUUGUUCGGAUAUCAUUUUUGUUCUAGGAGGAGAAAAAAGUUCACAUUGUGGCUGUGGGAUACGGUGUAAACAUUAAAAUCAACAGGACAGUGUUAGAAGAAAUAGGAGGAGACAACGUUCUGGUGAUGGAUAGCGAAUUGGGAUACCGAAGUUAUGUCAGUCAAGUAAUAGAGAUGGUUUGCAGUAAGUUUAGAUACAUUUUUUCUUAGGAUUCUAAGCUUAUUAUUUAGCUUUUUUAACAUUCUUGAUUUUUUAUCACCAUAGAACAUUUUUAUAUUGAAAUUUUUAAAGUUCACAAUCUUUCCACAAAAAUCAUAAUAUAAUUGCAAGGGGUAAAUCUACUUGCCUAGAAAAUCUGCUCUUGCCGGUACCUUCUACUAAUACUCGUUUUUAUUAUCUCCACCCAUUUGCCCUGUACGUACUCCGACAAUAUCAAUCUGUCCUUUAUCACACCUCUUGCACCUUACUCCAACUUGCUGCACAGCAAAAUUAUAUUCCGUAUAUAAUAAUAAACCUGAUCAAAUCGUCCACUAUGUGAUCAGCAUCAUCUUUUAACCCAUAGCUGUAGACGGUGGCUACACACAGUGGUCAAUUUGGAGUCUAUGCAGUGCUUCUUGUGGCUCUGGAACACAGGCGCGAUAUAGGCGUUGCAAUGCUCCUCCUAAGAGGAACGGCGGAAAUGAUUGCAAAGGGGAAUUUUUUGAGGUGCGACCUUGUGGAGAGAUGUACUGCCCCAACGGUGAGUAUAGAGAGAAAUGCAUUAGUACAAUUACGAAUAAUUAAUCACAAACUGAUGAUAGAUUGGCAUAAUAGGAAUUGCCCUCGCCAUCCAACCAAAUAGAAGACUGAGUUUACUUUCUUUGAAUUCGUUGUUCUUAAUACUCUAUAAUAAAUAAGAAUAAUCAUUACAAUAAAGUCCACACUCUGAUUCAAAAUAUUACGCAGUUAUAUUACCCAUAAACGGUUUGAUCAGUGAACUAAUCACUACUGUAACAUUAAUAUACAGUUCAUUGAAUCUUUUUUAGCUUGCUUUGAUUUUUGUGAAAAAUUGAAUGAACAAAGCAAUUUAAUUGUCCUGGGGUGAAAUUUCAACUUCAAAGAUGCACUUACUCAAGUAGUUUAAGGACUGGGACUAAGAGGUCAACCUGUGGAAAAUGAUUUAUUGGCUAUAACUUCGGCGCAGAUGAUGACGCUGAAUGAAAAUUUGGCACACAUAAAUAACUCAUCGUCCUUAACAUUUUAAACUAUAAAUAUUGGGUCAAUAAGUCAGGUGAUAUGUCACGUGAACAUUUUGCUAAAAAUCGUAAAUUAUUGACCAAUUGGUGGCCGGUUUAAGAAAAGAAAUUGAGCGAUAACAUUUGUCUAAUUCAUAUUAAAUAUUUCUAACGCUUCACGUUUGGAAUGACAGUCUAUUGCACUCAAUAAAAAGUUAUGAGGGAAAACGUCAUUUUAAGUGAACAAAUUUAAUCUUGAAUUAUUUAAAACUUUAAUUUUAAACUUCGUCUACGGGGGCUGUCAGACCCGAAUCUCACACUCAGUUUGAAAUGGGGCUACUCUCCGCGUGAACCAUUCUUCUCCCUCCCUACUAUGACUAAACGAUAUGCUUUUUGCUGAGUCAGCAUUUUGGUAACCGGUUCUUGGCGGUUUUGGGCGGUUCUCUCGCUUAUCACAACCAAAAGGGGUUUAAAGAGAUAUGACGUUAAUUAAGUAUGCAUAAGCAAGUGUGUUUAAAUGACAAAAAUAAAAAACUAUAUAGUAGUAAUAUGAAUAUGGAAAAUUUAAUCUACACUAUUAAUAUGAAUAGAGAAGAUCUAUCAAAAAUGACCAAAACAGCAGCUUAUUGAUAUGCUACUGGGUCAAAAGCCGAAAACUGUGAGCGCCAAAUCCGCAGGACCAGUUGACCAGACUGUCUUCAAACCUAAAUCACUCGUACAAAGAGCGGCUGAAAAAUUAGAACAUUCUAUAAAACGACCAGCCAUACUGCCCAAACAGAGUUAUAAAAUGCCAACUUAGAAAACGCUGGCAGCAAAUGCAAUGGUUACGGACAAAAUUAAGUACUUUGAGAAUCUGUCCGAUAAACAAGCGUCUACUAUUAGGUUACAUAAGACAUGCAAGACAUGUGAGAUGAAGAAUUAGGUCCGCGCCAGUAUAUCAAAUUAUAAGAAAGAUUGCUCGUUCCAGAAUUUGUUCCAUAAUAGAUUAAACAAUAUGCCUGGUAAACGGGAAAAAGUACAGAUAACAAUACAUGCUGACAUCGAACAUAUAUUGGGUAAUAAAACCGACAUCAAUGAGAAGAUAUAUGGUCCGUUUAAUAUGGAAAUCCCAAAAUUAAGCAAACCAGAUAUGUACAAAUUUCUGAUGUAUACAUUGUAUUAUCAACUGAAACAAUAACAGAUAUAGGCGCUACAAUAAAUACCCACAAUGAUCAUGAGAUUGGCAAAUUGAAAUUGAAUACAUUCUUUCUCGAUAAAGCAACGUGGGGAUAAUACCUGCAUGAUUGACUUUGUUUGACAUAACUGUAAGGGCAAGCAAGGAUUCCAGAAAUACACAUAUCAAAAAUUGAGCAACGAACUUCAAGAAUAUGCAGCCCAUUUCCUAAUGAUGUCAACACAGGAGUUAGUUGAAUGGGCUAAAACAUGUCAUCCUAAUGUGUCUAUCCACGCUUAUGAUUCAACGUGGCGCAAAUUUAUGAAGCAUGUACCACAGCAUGGACAUUCGGAAAUUACUCUCGUGUUCUAUAUCAAGGACCAUCAUUUAUAUCCUAUCCAGGAUGCUCGACUGAAGCAGAUCGCAACAAAAGCUAAUCAAGGUGGUGCAGACAAUCUAUGGCGCAACAUGACAGAAAGGAAAUGAUCAAAUAAAUCGAGUAAUUAUAUUAUGUGCCAACAAUUGAUCGAUAAUGAUUUGAUAGUAGAGGCUGAAUUUGUCCCUUUUGAUGAAGGUGAUGAAAGCCAGGAACCAAUCAAUGACAAUAAGGAUGAAUCAGCAUUAGCAACUAUUGAAGACCAUGCUAUAAUCUUACCACCAUACUAAAGUCUAGCCCAUAAUUGAAGAAUAUGUAACACGUACUAAUUACUUUGUCGAAUAUUUACAUUUUGAUAACAAUGGCAGAUUGGACGUUUUUAUGGAUCACAAGAACAAUAGGUAUGUUCUUAAUAAUAAAUAUGACACACGUAAGUAAAUAUAACUUCAUUUGGUGAAAUCAGUCUUACACAAUAUUAGCUUCCUCACUUUCCAAACAUAUGCGCGGCUAUCUCCCAGAAUCACAAUAUGACACCAAAACACGCGAAGUAAUAGAUGAUUUCUAUCCUCGAGCUUUACAAUGGUGUUCAAAUGACCCAGCGCCUGAUGAUCUGACUUCAUUGGAUAUAUCCAAGUGUUACCCUUCAGUUUUAAUCGACAAUAAAGUCCCUAUACCAAUAUAUACUAUACAUGAUGUUAUCCAGCCAAUUGAUUGGAAUCGAGAUGUCAAGACAACCGGUGAAUAUUACAUUGACGAGUAUGGGUUUGAUCGAAUGGGUAAAGGUAUUAAGAUUGAAUCAGGAUUUUACAGCGGAACCUCGUUGAGGCAUUAAUCGAACAAUUUAAGAUGCCACCAACUAAUGUCAAAUGGUUUAUACCAGCUCGUAAGGCGCUAAAAAGUGAUACAUUCAAGAAUUACUUAACAGCAAUAUUUACUAUGUUCCCAGAAUCUCAGGCGAAAUUGCUUGCGAACAGUUUUAUAGGUGAACUUGGUAGAAAGUAUAGUCGUAAGGAUUAUGGAUUUGUUUGUCAGUCAAUGGAUACAGCUCAAUGUAUAUGGAUAUCAGCACUUGCUGAGAAUCGUGACAUCACGAUUGACAGCUAUAAGAAUCUUAACACUAAAAAUGAGCUUUUCCUAAUCAGAGAGAGACAGAUUGAGCGUAUAUUAUCAGACAGCACAUCGAUUAACAGAUUCGUAAUAAGCCAGGCAAUUCUCAAAUGCCUAAACAUAAUGUGGGAUAAUUGGACUGAACAUAGUAAAUUACAUGCAAUCAACACAGAUGGAAUAUUAACAAAUUGUAAAAAUGAAUAUCCUAAUAAGAAAGAAGUCGAGUUUGAGAUUGACCACAUCGGUACGAUGUUCCAGACAGACAGCAAUGUCACAUAUUUCGAGAAACAUUAUAGGGAGAAUUUGAAUCCCGACAAUUACACUGAUUAUAUGGGCAAUGGUACAAUCUGUUAUGGAGGAGCAGGCUGUGGUAAGACUUAUAAGUUAUGUCAAUUGGCAAGUGAAGCCGAAGAUCCCAUCAUUCUAUCAUUUACCAACAAAGCUACCGAAAAUGUGAAGUCGGUAUUGAGAAAGAAGUACCGUAAUUAUGAAUUAGCCAAGAAAUGUUAUACAUUUGAUCUGUACUUCUGUGAUUAUCAUGGGAGAGAUUUGUCAGCACUGGAAGAUAAGACCAUCUUUAUAGACGAAUACUCGAUGGUACCUAAUUCUUGGAUGACAAAGGUCUAUCAGGCGUUCACUAAGUACCACAAUCAGAUCUAUAUGUUUGGAGAUACCAAUCAGUGUGAUCCUGACGAGACGGCAUCACUGAUAUCAAAUACUUGGUCAAAUAUUUCUUCGUACAGGCUUUUACUGAUUAAUGAUUCCUCAUCUUUGACCAUCCUUACAGUAGCGGCGCUAUUAUUACGACUUCUAUCUGGAGCAAUAUUAAGUAUCCUCUGUCGGUUCAUAUCCAGAUCCACAUUGUAAACAACUCUCGUAGGUUGAAUAUCAAACGCCGUAUGGUAAUUAUAAGUUUUAUUUGGGUCUAAAUCCACUGUUUCGCCGAGAAUACCGUAAGCUAUUAGGUAAUAUUUAUCGAAAUUAGUUGGAUAUGUAUUCAAUUCAGUUCCUGCCUGGGCCAUAAUAUUUUGAAUGUGUAGAAAAUAAGGCGUGGAUGAGGCUGUUUUACUGAAGGUUACCACAAGCUUAUGGUAAUACAUAUAUUCAACCUGAUUGGACGAUGUUUUAUACUCAUGUGAGUACUUAUUCACCUGCCAACUUUGUACAGUUACUCCCUGGCUAGUAGUUGUAUCAACAGUAAUUACAGAUUUGUGCCACAAUUGAUAGUCAGUAGUCAGGAUUUCCAAGCAUAAGGUAUAUUCUUUUUCUUUUUGAAGGGGAUAGCACUGGAUAGCUAAUCGCCAUAUAUAUCCCUCUGCGUUCUUUCCAAUGGAGGCAAAAAUCACCUUUUUAUUGUAGUUGUGAUAAUUGCCUGAUGCUGUAUUCAAAUCACCAAUGCUGUUCAAGGCAAUACUAUUGGUUAGUGAAUCAGUCCAUUGUAAAAGAACAUUUGUGGGAUCCAUAAGAUACGCAAAUCUAUUGGUAUGAUCAGGUGGCUUUAUAUCAUGUUUAUUCAAUGUUUGUAAAUUUACUGCAUCAGUAACAUCAGUUGGGUCUCUAAGAUUUAUUGUUUUGUUUUUGACCAUAUUGAAUCGGGAAUAUGCAUACGGAAUAAAACUUUGCACAAAAUAAGCAUUUCCAGUGUUCCGGCUUAUUGCUUGAUAUUGUGAAACAAGGAGAGGAUUGUUUAAUAUUAUAUGGCCAGUAACAGUACCACCAGACAGUUUCAAAUAAUCAUCAUCAAUGUAUUUUUUUAUUAGUAUCAUCCCCAUCUUGUGUUGCUGAUGCAAGAUGAGUAAUCUUAUUAUUGGACAUAUCUAGUGGUCCACCCAUAACUCCACUGGACUUAUCCAGGAAUUUAUUUUCUAACCAUAUUUUUGUGGCUGGUUGAUUAUCACCAUUUGGUUGAGCCACAUUAUAUAUCCUAUUGUUUUUCAUAUCUAAAUUACCUGUCAUUAAACCACCACUCUUGAUGUGUUUGGUGUCUACAUAGACCUUGUUUGCCCCGUGAUCAAUAUCGAUGGGGGUCUUAUUAGCAUUGUCACGGAAGAAGAAGACCGUAAACAAGAGGAUGAACGCAUACGAACAGCCCUCCAUACAUGUGGUUAGCCGGAUUGGGCGAUAAAGAAGGUCAAAGAGCAAAUGAACAGAAAGAAAGCUAUUAGAAAAGAUAAAUCCGAGAAAGAUAAAGCACAAGAAAAAUCAAGAGGAGUGGUGACUGUCCCAUAUGUCCACUCAUUCACGGAGAAAAUACAACGUAUUUUCACCAAACACAGGGUAGCCACAGUGGUUAAACCUCAAACCACCCUCGGACAGGUUUUAGUUCACCCGAAGGACAAAGUUGAGACGGCAAAAAAAAGGCUGGAGUAGUGUACAAGAUUCCAUGCAGCCAAUGCGAAAAGGUAUAUACCGGUGUAACAGGUAGACAGCUGGGAACCAGGAUCACAGAACACAGAAAGGAAGCAGAAAAGAUCUCUGACAGAAAUUUCACAAGAUCCACCCGCAGAGCUUCUACCAAUGAACACCAUAAAUCAGCCAUAACAGACCACGUCUGUCAGAACAAUCAUAUUAUGAAUUGGGAAGCAAGUGAAAUAGUUGAGCAGGAAGGCGACAAGUUUAAGCGACGGAUCAAGGAAAGCAUAUGUAUUAGAUGGAACAUUCCUACUAUGAACAGGGACGAGGGAGCCUAUAAGCUUUCUCCCAUAUGGACACAAGUGAUCUCCACCCCCAAACCAGGGGGGGAGGGUGCGUCUAAAGAGUGAUUUUGCGCAUUUAUCGCAAUAAUUAACACCUUCAGAAACCUAUUUAAGGCUUCUGACACUUUUAAUGUUUUUCACGUUUUGAUAAAGAUGGCUGACAGUCAUCGAAACUGUUAGUAUCAAUAAGACGUUAAGACUGGCUAUGUUUUAAAAACAUUUAAAUCGACUGUUUAACUUCACUAGCCUGAUGAAUUUCUUCAAGAAGGAGGAAUGAGUAUGUUUGUUUUGUGGCUUUAAUAUAUUAAUCCUUUGUUACAUUCAGCUCUCUAAAAAUCAUAUUUCUUUCGUUACUGCUUGGGAAAUCAUAAAUAACACAAUGACUGCAGUUUAAUCUGAUAUCUUCUAGACUUUUAUAAAAUGAUUGUGAAAGGUAAAUAACACUACAGUUCUUGUGCAACCCUUGAAUGAAAUAAUCGAUAAGUGGCUUUGAUUUUUAUCACAAAUGAAAUCGUCGAAUAUUACAAUUUUCUGAGAAUCACUUUCCAGACAAUUGACAGGUUUUAUGUCAUCAUUAUUGCAAUGCAUUAUGUCAUAUCCAAGCUGGCCACUGAUAUCUUUUAUUGUGUCAAUCAUGUGUCUGUAUUUUUCCUGUUCCAGAUUUUUGCCAUAUAAAUGGAUCUUGUCAUAAUAGACUAAUGGUACCAUAGGGAUGUUAUAAAGUAGAUUUGUUUUACGUGAACCUGAAUUUUCACAUAUUAGCAUCCUAAAAUUGGAUUUGGGCAUGUAUUUAUAAAGUUGUUUGAAGUUUUUAUUUUCACCUUCAUUGAAAUCAUAAUUUGGAAUUUCCAUAUACUUUUAUGUUAGACAAUUCAAGAUAAGUUAAGAUAAGUUGAGAUAAGUUUUUAUAUAAUGUACUAAUAUAAUGGAUAUUGAAAGAUUUAAGAGACUCAGUAUUCCUAAAAUUGAAGCAGGAAAAAUGACUGAAGUUGUUAGGGAUGUUAUAAAAGAAGUCCAAACUAAUGAGCAGGAUGUAUACGAAAAAAUAUCUAAAAACCUGAAACCUCUAACCGAAAAGUUUGAUAAGGAGAUAGAGGAGACCAGUAAAUUGAGAGAAGAUGUUUCAAAACAAGUUGUCCCAUACGCUGAGCAAGUUCAAAGAUUAGCAUUACCGGGUCCAAGCGGUGAGGCACCCAAAAUGCAUGGUAGCUGAUUUGAAUAAAGGAUUCACUCAAGAAGAAUUGGCGUUUAUACAAAGCCAGCAAUUGCCAUUACGAGCCGAUAUUUUUUAUAAACCUUAAAAAAGCCAAAUUAUGCGAAACAAAUAUUAGAUAAAUCUGGUAAAAUAAAUAAGGACUUAGGUCAGAAAAAAGCCAGUUUAAGAACAACAAAAACUAAUAGAAAGAGAAAUAAGGAUGAAAUUGCUGAGUAUACUGAAGGGAUUGACAUCAUAAAAAAAUACAGACAAAGAAUUGGUAUUUUAGAGGAAGGUGCAAAAACAUUGAAAGUUGGUCAGGGUAUUUAUACACAAAUAAGAGGAAUGCUUAUAAGAUUAACCCACAAACUGGUGUUAAUGGAAAUGUAAACAUUGAUGUGCCUAAACUUUAUAGACAACUCAGACUAAUUGCUCAUGAGGAUGGUAGAAAAGUCUGUGAAAAGCAAGUAGAAUUUGAUACACUUGAUCUCCUCACAAAGAGGUAUUUGAUGAAUCAAACAGAAUAAGUGAUAUUCCAAUUCAUCGAACCAGUAAUAGGUAUAAAAGAAUCGGCUCUGGUGUUGUUUAUUAUAAAAAUCCAGCUGACCUUUUGGACCGACUGGAAUUGUUAGGCGGAUCCAUAUUGGCUGGAAAUAAUGUUGUCAAAAAUGAAUUGUCACAAAUUGCCCAUACAUAAACAAAUUAGGUGUUCGAAAAAAACAACCAGCUUAAUAGUCUAUUGAAAGAAAAUAUAAUCUAAUAAUAUAAUGCAAGAAAUAACUAUCCAUAUUUCAUCUGUUGAUAGACAGAAAAUCGGAAAAAAUAAAGCAGAGGAUUUUAUAAUCAAACUCGAUCCAGUUUUAAAACUCCGAAAUAAUGACACAUGAAUUUGCACUGGAUAAGGUUACAAUGACUUACAGUUGGCACAAUAUUUCAGAUAAGUAUCAAAAUAAUGAAAUGAAAUACUCACCCGAUGGUGGAAAUUUAUGGGAAACAGUCAAAUUUAUAGACGGAAUGUAUGCUUACUCAGACCUAAUGAUUAUCUUCAUCAGUACAUGAAAAAGAAGGGCCAUAAACGUACUGAUGCAAAAAAAGAUGAUGUAUAUUACAUUAACCUAACAUUUGUAUUGUCAACAUACAAGAUUCUCAUUCAGAUCGACAACAAUUACCAGCUGGAUCUUACAAAUAGUAAAUUUGGAGAGUUAAUUGGAUUUACAGAGGAAAUUGUGAAAAAAAACAGAAUAUGGAGAUGGUAAUCUUCCCAAUAUUGCAAAUUCCAUAGACAUGAUCUAUAUUAACGCAGAUGCCAUUACAAACAUUUUAAACGGUGUUAACACAAAUACGCUAGCUGAUAUUCCAACUGACAAUUUGACGAUCUAAACCAAUAUAAUAUCUAACCUAAUAAUAUACAUGAAACAAUCAGAAUUCAAAAGACGUUAUGAUUUUAAAAUGGGUAGAUAUGUUAAGAAGCAUAUUUAUAGAGAAGGUAUUACCGAUGUUUUAAAAACGAUUGGUAGAAAGUUGUUUGGAAAGACGGUAAAAGAAGCUGCUAAAACAGCAACCAAAAAAGCCGUUCAGACUGCUGCUACUAAAACUGGUGAAUACGCGGGCGAAAAAGCAGGCGAUAAAGUUAUUCAGUCAUUAAUCGAAAAGAAUAAAAACACAAAAACACCGGUAGUGGCUUCACCAAUAGAAAAUCCACAAACAAGAGAAUUAAGCGAUUAUGAAAUCAAUGAAAGAGUAAAUCAAUUAUUAUCUGGGGGCCGGAUGAGAAAAUUUAUCUAAUCUAUCAAUAUAUGAAAUCUUUUAGGGAUCCAAAAUAUGUCGAACGAUAUGAACUCAAGAUGUUAUUUUUGACUUAGAAACAGCAGUGACUACAACUGCUGCAAAUAAUGCUAAUCAGAAAAAAGAUGGAUAUAGAUUUGUUGUUGAUAACAGCGGAGAGGUUACACCAUGUGACUGGUAUAAUGCUCGAAUCAGUCUUCAUUUCAAAGUAAAUUUGCUAGCUAAUGGAGGUAAUGUUGCAUUAGCAGAUCAUAAUUGUAUUGUAAAUGAGUCUUUUAAUAGUGAAGGCCAAUCAUCCUACAUGAGCCAAUAUCUUAAAACGCACAAGUGGACUUAUUUGAGAGAAAAUAUUGAAAGAUCAAAUAGCAGCCGGCAGAGAGCUGGGCAUUUCAGGUACGUUUUUGUAUUAAUAAUCAAUGAUGCAAACAUGGAUGCCCAGACGGCUAAUCCAUUCUUGUAUAAUACAUUCUCGGUCUCAACUGACCCAAGGACCUUAUCCAAUUGUCAUCUGGGGGUUGGAAACGGUAGCGAAUAUCUCGAGAUUCAUUAUACACCAACUACUGAUAUGA